GCUUCAAUGUUCGGUACUCAUAAAGAUGUUGCGGCCGCAUCUGCCAACUUACAUCCGACCGCCUCUCGCACCAUCACAUGAACCGCCAUGACGCAUGCUCGGGAUGUGCAGACAUGCAUCCGCUGCCGUUCAGCCAAGCGUCAAUGCGACAAACUCCGACCCGCGUGCUCACGCUGCAACAAGGCGAAGACCAAUUGCACCUACGAAGUACAGACUCCAAAAACGCCAUCACUCAAAUCUCCCAGUCGCUCGGAGGAGGCUCUCGAUACCACACCUGCAUCUUCCUCGCCUGAUUCGCGCGUGAAAAGACGCGCUCGAGCCUGCUUCUCCUGCACACGAUGCCAUCGACUCAAGAUCAAGUGCGAUAGAAGAUCGCCUUGUAGCAGAUGCGCACGUUCCGGGUAUGAGACAACAUGCCUCUAUACGCACAGAGUCAAGAUAGCCGAGAAGCCGAUCGUACCAUCUUCCACCUUCGCGGAUGAGGACCCCGAGUUCGUUGUUGCUACUUGGUUCUUGAAGAAACGAAGCUCUAGUCAUUUCAGAGCUCUCCUCGACCGGUUGGAAACAUUACCUGGCCUUGAGGCGCCCCCGUUCACCAUGGCCAUGCGGGAGCACAUUGCAGGAAACUGCUCAAGUGAUUUCGCGCUAGCUGGUAACUUCCCAUUUGGAAGUUCUCAGUCUCAACCGUACGCUUCGCUUGAUAAGAUCCAUGAUCUCUUGCAAAACUCCACCGCUACUGCAGUGCUCUACACCGAGGCAUACUUUAGGGUAUAUUAUCCUGGUCUGCCAGUACUCAAUCUCUCUACAUUCAUGUCAAGGAUGGAGAGUUUCCACGAUACUCCUGAGUUGGAAGAUUUCAGCUGGCUCGCUCAAUACUUUGUAGUACUCGGUCUUGGAGCCUAUGCAACAGCCACCGACGAGGUUGCUUCUUCGGAAUAUUUCUACGCCAGCGAAGCUUGCUUAGCGAAGACCGCAUACAUGUAUCGUCCGACGACCACAAACAUCAGCACGCUGUGUCUCAUGGUACUUGCAAAGUCAGUCGCAUGUGCAACUUGCUGGGCACUAGACACCAGCUGGACUGUCAUGGGUCUUGUCGUUCGCUUGUCCAUGAUGAUGGCGUUACACAAGGACUGGAUGGCUGGAUUUGACGAACCGGCAAUCGCCCACGAAAGACAUGCCCGGCGGAAGCUAUGGGUGAUAGUGGUGUAUUUGGACAUACAAACGUCGUUGAUCACAGGUCAGCAAUCGCUACUCCCGCAAGAUGAUCUUCCAGUCGGAACCGACCAUUGUGCACCAACGAGCUUGGAAGACUGCUUCGACAGCAUUGUUCCCCGAUUGCUUUCUACCAUACAUCGCUUUCUAUCCCGGAUCAAUUCGCAACACGAUCAGAUUACUUACGAUGAAGCGAGGCAGUAUAACCUCGAGAUACGCCAGAUGAUGUGCCAGACUUCAGACUUGCCUGGCAGCGACAACCUACGCUUGACGCUCGAUCUAUUCGUUUGUCGCGCACUAUCGAUUCUCCACGGACAAUUCGCACUCGCAUAUGAUGCUCGGUCCAUAUAUCCGGUCUCAUACCUAUCCUUUGUCGAUACCAAUCUUGCAAUGAUGAGACACCACCAACACCUCUCGUUGACACCGGGACAGAGCACGGACCUGGCAUUAGUUGCGCAACCAUAUAUGUUGGACUUCUUUGCAGCUGCACUGUCAACAUGUGUACAACUACUUUCCACGGACUCACCAUUUGAUUAUGCAGCAACACUCUGCAUUCUAAGGAAUUGUGUAGAGCUUAUUGGAAAAGAAGAGAGCAAGUCGUUGUGCUUUCGCACUGGAUACCACCUUCUCAGUUCCGUGUUCGAUCUGACAAACAGGACGUAUAUGACCAGCCAAUGAAGGGCGCCCUAUAUGACAUCGGAUCAAUGGUUAGAGAUGGCCUGUGAGCUAGCCAUAUCAUCUUAGGGUUUUUGCUUGUAGUAAACCACUCCAGUUUGUGGAGUUUGAGAUGAUGUCGUAAUAUAAAUUACUUGAUUCAUACACUAUCUACAUAACUACGAAUUCAGAAGCAGUCUCCUACA